AUGCUCGCAGCAACUCGGAGAUGGGUUAAGCGGUACCGCGUGCCCAUCGCGCUGAGUUUCGGCGUGGUGGGUGCGGGCUACCUCGUCACUAACUAUGUCGUCAACAAAUUACGCGAUGCACGUGAGCGCAUGACCAGCGACCGCAUCGCAAAAGAAAACUUGCGCCGUCGCUUUGAGCAGAAUCAGGAGGACUGUACCUUCACGGUGCUUGCCCUUCUCCCGACUGCCACGAGCAAUAUUCUCGAGGCCAUGAAUGUCGAGAAGAUUACCUAUGAGAUCCAGCAGAUCAAGGGCUCUGGUUCCAGGGCCAAGAGCAUCGGGUCCACGAGUCCACCUAGCAUGUCCGAGUUUGCUCCUACCGAUGACGAUGGUCGUAGCAUUAUCAGCGUCAGCGUCAAGAGCGAAGCAGGUCUACACGCCACUCAGCUUAAUGUGCCGGGUUCGCUGACUUCUGCCGACGCUGCUGGUGGAAGUGGUGCUGCUGAGGGGGCGAGGGACGUCCCUCCUCCUCCCCCCAAGCCCCGGAAGACGAAGAGACAGCUGUGGGAUGAUCUGACUAUUUGCUCAAUUACGCGUGCCUAUACGCUGAUCUAUACCCUUGGCCUGCUCACCAUGCUCACCCGUAUACAGUUGAACCUCCUGGGCCGCCGUAGCUACCUCUCUAGCGUAGUUUCACUGGCUACUGGUGGCAUUCCUGGGACCAUCAGCCUGGAGAACAACGACGACGAUAGCCCGGAGCAAGCCUACGGCACCGACUUCGAUGUAAACCGCAAGUAUCUGACCUUCAGCUGGUGGCUACUCAACCGUGGUUGGAUCCAGGUUAUGCACCGUGUCGAGGCUGCUGUGAGGCAGGUCUUCAGUCAUCUGAGCCCGCGCGACACCCUGUCUCUUGAGACCUUCACCAAGCUCACCCGCGACAUGCGCGCCAUUGUCGAGGGCCCGGCGCCUACCCGCGGUCUUGGCACCUCCUGGCUGCCGUUCUUGCUUCCUCCGCAGGACCAGGAGGAGGCUGUCCUUCGCGAGUCUGGCGUUCUUGAUGACGCCACGCUUUCUGCAUCUUCCCCCUCUAACACCCCUGCAGCCGCUGCCUCUCUUCGCCGCCUGCUCGACGAGACCGCCGACUUGAUUGAGUCCCCUGCCUUCUCCAACGUCAUCACUCAGCUCUUCGAUGCCGGUUUCUCCCUGCUGCUGGAUGAAAAGGUUGGCAAGGGUCUUCUCGAGACUCCUACCGUUUCGGCCGCUACCGUUGACCCCGUGCCUUCUGCCUCGGACGUUACCCCUCCUCAGGCCGUUGUCAGCCGUGCUAUUCUUUUGCCCAAGAUCCUGAGUGUGCUCACCCGUCAGGCCCAUGCCAUCGGUAACGGCAUGCCUAAUGAAUACCUUCAAGCCAUGGAAGCCGUCCGCGAUCUCGAGGGCUUUGCUGCUGUUGUCUACUCCAGCAACUGGCAGGCCGAUAUUGCUGGCUAUGAGGAAGAGGUCCUUGGCAUGGCUAGCAGCAGCAGCAUGCACUCCUCCACCACCCUCGUCAGCUCCCAGCAGCAACAGCAGUCGCUUAAGUGGGGCCCCGGUGAGGCUCAGCUCCCACCGUCGUCUCCUGUGCCGCAGGUGCAGGUUCAUCCUCCCCUGGAGGAGGGUAAGCUUGUCGGUUCCGUGACUGCAACAACGAUGACUGCAAGUGUGACUGUGCCUGCAGAGUCUAGCAUAGUGAUGGUCGGUGCUGAGGCCGAAGCCAGCGUGUUUAAUAGUGCCUGGGAGCGGGCCAGCACCGGUGUGAGCUCAGGUGCUAACCCGGGUGCGAGCAACUGA